AUGGCAGCUAGGAGACACAUCGCCGUGAUACCAUCCGAUGUUCGACACACCCCGGGUGAAGUACCCACAGAGCCCUUCGGCAUUGGCAACGAGGACUUCAAUGCUGGCCUGAAGGAAUCCAAGUACGGAUACCCUGUCCUAGAACUGUACGAGCUUGUCAAGCCUGUCACGUUGGCAGAGAUGAAAAGCAGCUGGGGCAUGGGCGGUGCACCGAUGGGCUGGCGCUACCUCAAGGCCGGCUUGUGGGAGGAUCGAUGGGGGACCGAAGAAAGGCGGGACGAGAAGGUGAAGAAGCUGUUCUGA